CCCACACUGUCGUCUCGUCUCCGGCCACAGAGCGCUUCCUGUCCCGGUGAGCGCUGGCCUGGUGGCUCGCGCUCGUUGGGGCCGGCUCACACACGAAGUCCAAGAACCCAUCCUACUUCCCAGGACCAACUGCUACGGCAUCGGUAUUGUCGCUCAUACGCGCCACCUACCAUCAUCUCGUGCGUUGUGCUCGACAUUGAGAAGGUGGUUGCCAUAUCUUCUUGCGCCCUCAGCAUCUGUCGGAGUUCAAAUCGCAUGUUGCGGAAUAUGGAAUUGGAAGUCCGCAACAUGGGAUCGAAAAGCGCUUGGUUUCCGACAUUCGGCCCGCACGCUCGCAACUUCGCCGUCAUCGUAGCGUCUCUACACGGAACUCAUGGCUCUCUUAGGACACUCCUCAGUGGUAGUCAGCGGACGCAGAUAUUGUCAGUCUGCUGCGAACGUGGCGGUUCACGGGCAUCACUUUCCUGACAGGCUUGCUACUGGCACCGAAGACACCCGCUGUCUUGUGGAAGAGGAAGUGAUACGCUAUCUUGGGCUGGCGCCGAAGCUUCGUCCGGGCGCGCGACAACGAAGGGAGUUUCGACGCUAGGGUCAGUUGAAUGGACGACUACGCCUACACAGCACUUUAGGCCUUUUCCUUUUCGCAUGAAUGACCCAUCUGACCCGUAUAAAAGAGACAUCCGUCCAGACUACGCAAUCCAGACCUGGUGUCAUAUUGAGCUGAUUCAUUCUUCGCGUUCUACGUUCUAUUCGACGUUCUUCUUUGAGCACCCUACAUCUUCACGUCCUUCUCAUACACCAUCUUGUCGAGAUGCAGUUUCGAGCCAUUCUCGCCUUCUUCGCAGCGGCGUCUGUCGUGAGCGCUGUGCCGCUUCACCAUGCUAGCGCGAACAAUGGCAUUGUAAGCGCCAGCGCCGCCGCGACCGCUUCGAGCCUUGCUGCGGCCAGUACCAGCGUUUCUGCGAACGACACCGACAUCACUGCGAACAGCACCGGCGUUGCCGCCAACAGCACCAGCACCAGUACCGACCUGGCUUCGACUGUCACCAGCACCGCUCUCGCGUCGAACAGCACGAGCCUCGCCAACAGUACCAGCUUCGCCAAUGGCACCGACCUCUCGUCGUCCAACAGCACGAGCGCCAACGUGACCGGCAGCGGCGGUCUGGCGGCGAACAACGAGAGCCUCGCCUGCGUGCUGAACCAGCUCAACAUCUUCAGCAACGUCAGCGCCGCGAUCGCGUCCAUGGACAGCCUCGCCGCCGCGCAGUCCACCACCUCAAACCGUACGGCGUCGUCGGCCGUUAAGAAGGCGAGCGGCGCGCUCGCGAACACGCAGGGAGCCGUGCUGAACAUCCUCGGCGGGCUCUUCAACGGCACCCCCGGAUCGCCGGUCGACCGUGAUGCGGUCACGUCCAACUUGACCGUCGCCCAGAACGCUCUUAGCUCGCUGGUUCCGAAGAAGGACACGCAUGUUACGCUUGCCAACCUCAACCAGUCUGUCUCGAACUGCGUCGCCGCUGGUCAGGGCAUCGUCGAGAACUGCCCUUAAGAGCGGUCGCGAUCCGGAAAGAAUGAACAAUUUAGGGCGAUGAUCCGCGUCUUCAGCGUGGGGGCACUACGCAGCAAGCUGGCAGAGACAUGUAUGCAGAGGAUAAUGUGUAGAUAUGACGAGACUCUCUCGUCCAUACCCGUUGCGGGGACAAACCAUCACCAAUUAGCC